AUGCUCCUCCUCGCCGUCACUCUUUCUGUCUUACUCCUUCUCCUCUUCAACCUCCUGCGCCCCUUCCUACCCGCCGCCCGUCCCCCUCCCCUCAUCACUAAGCCUUCAGCCUUACAGAAUCUCCUCGCCGAAACUUUCGAGCACAUCCCCGACAUCCCCGGCGCUCCGCGCGUCCUCGUCCUCUACGGUACUGAAUACGGCUUCGGCAAGGAAGUUGCCUCCAAACUAUGUGCACAAUUGGCCAUAGCGGGCUUUGCCCCCCGACUCGUCAGCACCCUGCACUACACCCUGCUCGACCUGCGGAAGGAGAAGUUUCUCGCUCUCGUGUGUUCCACGACGGGCGAUGGCGUGCCACCCAAUGAGGCCGCCGAUUUAAGGGAUGCUCUUGUCAACAACAAGUUUUCAGUCCCAGAAAAUUGCAGCUUUGCCGUGCUCGCCCUGGGAGAUCGCGCUUACCCACAUUUUUGCAGGGCCGGUGUUGUAUUCGACAACCUUUUCGGCGAUCAGGGUCGCAUGCUGGAGAGGGUUGAUAUCGACCAGGAGGAUUGGCCAGUCAUCGAUGAUUGGAUCGAGAGCUUUGAGGCCGCCCUCAAGGAGAGGACCGCCGAGGGGGACGACGACGACGACGACGAUUAUUUGCCGCCCGCCAUGGAGAAGUACGCCCAGGCAAUGGAGAAUUGCACCGAUGCCCGCUAUUCGAGGACCCAGCCGUUCAAGGCGCGCAUCGUCGACCAGGCAUUGGUUACGGCUCCGCGCACCGGCAAGCCGGACGACAAGGAGGUUGUGCGCGUCGAGUUUGAUAUCGAGGGCUCCGGCAUGGAGUAUGAGGUAGGUGAUGCUGUAGGUGUUGUACCGCGGAAUAAUUCUCAGCACGUCACGAGGUUGCUGCUGGCCCUGGCCUCGAAUGGAGAUGAACAAGUCAGGGUUUCGGACAAGGGCGACCUCAUCACGAUAGAGACUGCGCUUACCGAUUUAUUAGAUGUCAAGACGCCCAAGGCGGAGCUUGUCGUCGCCCUUGCUCAGAAUUGCACUGACAAGGCUGAAAUGGCGCUGGCGAAGCGAAUCUUAGGGUACGAUGUGUUGAGAAGUGACGGACAUAGCGCCUCUUCCCUGUCGGACUGGGGGAAGGAUUAUCUCUCCCAGCGCGAGGUGUUCGAUGUCCUGGGCGAGUUUGUUACAUCGACGCUCACGCCACAAGAACUGACGGAUUUGCUGCGCCCGCUUCACGCGCGGUACUACUCCAUCUCAUCGACGCCAAUCACGAGCCCAACGCGGAUUGCUGUGACGGUAGAUGUGCUCAGGUAUUCGAUGCUCAACGUGGAGAGGGAAGGGGUGGCGAGCACGUAUCUCAAGGAUCGGUGUAGGAUUGAUCAAACGGAAGUUGGGGUGUUCGUGUCGAAGAAUCCAAACUUUCGCUUACCAAAGGAUGAGGACAAACAUGUGAUCAUGAUCGGGCCUGGGACAGGCCUCGCGCCGUUUAUCGCAUUCAUUGAGGAGCGGGUGGAGACGGAGGCGACGGGCAAGAACUGGCUCUUUUUCGGAUGCCGCCACGAAAAGCAAGAUUUUUUGUACGGUGAUAGGCUGCGAGAAUAUGAGGAGGCGGGGCAGCUAAGGCUUGACACUGCGUUCUCUCGCGACACCGAUAAGAAAGUCUAUGUGCAACAGCGGAUGAGGGAGAAAGGGUGCGAGCUUUGGAAUCUAGUAGAGGACGGCGCGCAUGUUUACGUCUGCGGAGAUGGUGGGAGGAUGGCCGAUGACGUGGAUAGAGCGCUGCGAGAGAUCAUUCAGGAGUUCGGGGAUAAGUCAGAGGCAGCAGCGAAAGGCUACCUUGAGCAACUUGUAGAGGAUAAGCGAUACCAACGCGAUGUGUGGGUAUCAUAA